CUAUUGCCUACGUAGGGUGCGUGCGACGACGAGUGCUUUCCAUUGUUGGCGCCGCGCGUAGUAGCGUGCCCUCUUCAGUACCCGGUGCCGGUCCACGUACGUCUGUGUCAAGCUGGAGAUGAGCGGAGGAGUAUACGGCGGGGAUGAGGUCGGAGCCUUGGUUUUCGAUAUUGGCUCAUUUUCCGUACGUGCUGGCUAUGCAGGAGAGGACUGCCCAAAGGCAAAUUUCCCUACAACCAUAGGUAUGGUACUUGAUAGGGAAGAUGGCAGCACACCAAUGGAAACUGAUGGAGAUCAAAGCAAGUCAAGAGGUCCAUCUUACUACAUCGAUACUAACACACUCAGGGUACCACGAGAAAACAUGGAAGCCUUUUCACCACUCAAAAAUGGAAUGAUUGAAGAUUGGGAUAGCUUUCAGGCUAUUUUAGACCAUACUUAUAAAAUGCAUAUCAAAUCAGAAGCUAGUUUACAUCCGGUGCUGAUGUCUGAGGCGGCUUGGAAUACUAGGGCGAAACGGGAGAAGUUGACUGAGCUGAUGUUUGAGCAUUAUAAUAUUCCAGCAUUCUUCCUAUGCAAAACUGCAGUUCUUACUGCAUUUGCUAACGGUCGAUCUACGGGUCUAAUUCUGGAUAGUGGUUCUACACAUACUACAGCCAUUCCUGUACAUGAUGGCUAUGUACUUCAACAAGGGAUUGUAAAAUCGCCGCUUGCCGGGGACUUCAUUACCAUGCAGUGUAGAGAACUGUUUCAAGAAAUGAGUGUGGAUUUAAUCCCUCCAUAUAUGAUUGCGUCAAAGGAAGCAGUACGUGAAGGUGCACCGGCCAAUUGGAAAAGAAAAGAGAAACUACCUCCGGUCACUCGGUCCUGGCAUAAUUAUAUGUGUAGUUGUGUGAUACAGGAUUUCCAAGCAUCUGUUCUCCAGGUUUCAGACUCCACCUACGAUGAGCAGGUGGCAGCCCAAAUGCCUACUGUCCAUUACGAGUUUCCCAACGGUUAUAACUGUGAUUUUGGAGCUGAACGUCUGAAAAUUCCAGAAGGAUUGUUUGAUCCUUCAAAUGUUAAGGGGUUGUCUGGUAACACUAUGCUUGGUGUCAGUCAUGUUGUCACCACUAGUGUUGGAAUGUGUGACAUUGAUAUCAGGCCGGGAUUGUAUGGUAGUGUGAUCGUAGCAGGAGGAAAUACCUUGGUACAGGGCUUUACAGACAGAUUGACAAGAGAACUCUCGCAGAAAACGCCGCCGAGUAUGAGGUUAAAGCUAAUUGCAAACAACACAACUGUAGAAAGGAGGUUUAGCUCAUGGAUCGGUGGCUCUAUCCUCGCCUCUCUGGGAACCUUCCAACAAAUGUGGAUAUCAAAGCAGGAAUAUGAAGAAGGAGGGAAACAGUGUGUGGAAAGAAAAUGCCCUUAAGUCACUUCCAGGCCACCGCACGGUUCUUGUGCCCUUAUCUGAAAUAGCUUUAGAGUACUCAGGAAACCGACGGACUUCUUUUGUAGUUAAUAUCCUCCUGUAUUCCUUUAACUCCUCCAUAGACGUUUGGUUAACACAUUUGCAUUUAUUGCAUUUGUUUCCAAGCAAUAACCUAUUUUUUAAUCCUUUUCAUGAAGCUUCCCUUUUUAGACGGACUCCUUUUGUAAAUGCAGUUUUUGGCAACGUGAUACACAAUAAAAGUAAUAGAUUGAGUUAUAGAUAUUUGUCAGAACCUGCAUUCUAAAUGUUGUUGUUGGAAUUUUUUUUUUAUAUAUAUAUGUAAAAUAUUUAAAAUAAAAAAGCUAAUUAAACUUAA